AUGUCUUCACCUUCCUCAUCAUCGAAUAGCGGCCCCGCCAAAGAAUCAAACCUGCUCGCACCCAACCCAACAAGGUCCACCAGCCGCCGAGGCUCGAUACCCAAAAACACACCCACGUGCGGCGACCAGGAUCCCGCGAGCUCAUUGCGGAAGGAGAUGAACCUUGUGGCGGAGGCUGCAAAGAGGGCGAGCGUGGCAAUUGUCGUGAGGGACUUGGAGGAGUUCGCGGUCUGA